AAGCCUUUAGCAGGUUAGAAAGUGCAGAGUACCGCAGUCACUCUCCCACUCCUGCAUGCUCCGAUAGACUCUCUGAGUCCGUCUCUUCAUUUCCUAUCAGUGAAAGCAAAGCUGUAGGAGAGCCAAAGCCACAAGCAUCCAUCUACUGCAGUAAUCGAGUGGAACCCACAAUCUCUGAGACUUUGAAUCCGUCCAAAGAUGCAAACAUGGGAUGUGACAGAGUUGGAUCUUUAAGCGAUUCCAACCUUUUAUUGGAAAUCUCCCCACAUGGAUCGCAGGAUAUAAUCAGCUCAGGCCACUCAGAAAAAAGACUUGCUCAGUUUGCUUCAGUGUCCUCAAACAUCCAAGUGGAAAGAUACAAAGACACCCCACCCGUGUGUCCAAGUAUCCAGAUCCCAACAGCAGGGCUUAUGGAGGGAGCCUCCCCGGUGGGGUGUGCAGCCCAGAAGGAGCUGCAGAUACAGGAACAUGCAGGGACUCCUGGGGAGCCAGACAACACAGAUUGGAGGCAAAAGGAGAGCCAAGGGGCUGAAGAGAAAAACCACCAAUGCUUUGGAGAGCAGGGUGAUGGUGGGGUGAUGGGAGAGGAGGAGAACAGAGGAAUCAAAGCAGACAGCAUGCCGGGACUGUGGGGCAAGGCCGAGUCAGACUGCAGAUCCACAGUUUUAUCAAAGCCAGAGGAAGAAGGCAGAAAGGUCAAAAACGAGUCCUUUAAAAACCCUUGGCCAGCUGAGGAGCAUCUUCAGCACCUUUCCCAGACACACUCAGGAAUGUCUGAAUACCCUCCACUGAGCCCUCAGCAUGUUUUGAGUACAUCAAGUAACCUUAAUAUCCAUGCCAGCAGCAUUCAGACUACCCUUUUCACUUUUCCAAAGCCCCCUCUGGAAAUUAACCACUUCUAUCACUCACAACACAACUGGGAAACCAGUGUCAUCCACAACCAGCCAACACAGGCCUUGACUGAGCUAAAUUCAAGUCGACAUAUAAAUGCAGGGGCUCAUUUAUCACAAACAGAAAAUGUUUUUUCAAGAACUGAGUCUGGUCUGCAACAAACUUUCUCAGUCCAAGACCAAAAGCAAACCAGCAUCAGCCUGUCUGUUCAGCAGGGAAAUACUGCUGCAGGUAACAACAGCACAGCAGUAAGCAGUUGUAAGAAGUUCAAUUUAGCAAGUCACCAAAACUCUAAUGUCGGGACAUUACCCCCCACAGACUCCAAUCAAGUUUCUCAAGUCUGUAGAGUUGCUGCUGGAUCCAGAGGAGACGUUCAGCCAUCAAAGAUGUACCACAAUACUGGGUCUCCAUCCAAGCCUUUUAUAUACCCGGAACCUGACGAGAAGCAUGACACUACAGAUAAGGCACCCAGUGACUCUGGAAGAGCUGACAUGACCAGUAAAUAUCACUCUCUUUACUUGGCUAGCCCGCUUCAUGGCUACCAGCCUGCUGAGUAUCUGAACAGUGGAGUGAGGCCUGUGCAGAGCUGCCAGGAGUACACAGAGGACACAAGCAGCAGUGACGAUGAAGGAAAGCUUAUCAUUGAGCUUUAAUGGAAAGCGCAGCAUACAUAAAGCAUACAUAUGCUAUUUGAAUAUUAUUUGCUGUAGAUAUUUUUUUUUUCCGGGAGGUUAAACUGCUCAGGAGGCAGGAGUAAUAUCAGUGGCUGGGUUAACUCAGUUCCAGAGAUUCAGUUCAUUAAAAGUCUGUGUUUUUCAGUCUGGGUCAUGCACUGAUGUCAAAGUAACACUGCAUUCAUGUAAUUUUGUAACAAGUGUAAUUAUAUGCAGGAAAAAAAGGUCAUAUCUUAAUUUGACUAUCAGGAAGUUCAUUCACAAUAUCUACCCUAUAGCUCAAUACAGCAGAUUAUAGUUAUUAAUAAAGACAUGGUUACAUGUUAAAUACAUUAAAUGGCAAAAAUGGUUCGCUUUCUUUGUCACGUAUGAAUACAGAUCUAACGACCAAGAUAGUCAUCAUGGAGCAAUCCAGAAUACCUGGAGUUUUUCUCCUCUUUCCCAUUCUGCCAACAGCCAGAACACAUGUAGGGACAUGCUUUCAAGCCAGCAAUGCCAUAACAGGCCCCCGGGCUUGCUUGGAACUCUUACAAUUGAUAUAAAAGUGAUAUUUAAAGGUGAUUUAAAGAUGCUGUCAAACACGAGGAAGCCUCAAAUUCCAUUCUUUGCAGUAAGUUUAAAAAUGUUUGGUUUUUGCACACAGGGCAAAAACAUUUGAGGAUCUGGCUUUUUCAAUGCCAGCACUGAUUCAUUAAGAGCACCGAGAGUGAAAGACAAACUUACUGUCUGUAAGACGCUAUUAAUUAGACUUGUAUGCAUGUAAUUGGGGCUUAAUGUGUUGCAUUGGUUCCAGCUGUUUGUAGGAGUCUCUUCAGUUUCAAUAGAUCCACAUACAAAUCCCCAAAGCAUCCACUUAUCACGCAUAUGGCACAUUAGUGAUAACUACAUCAUUUAUUCAUAACUAACGUAAAAAACACAUUUUUUUCUCACCUCAGAAAGGUGAGCUGUUAUAAAAAAAAUCAUAGUUCUACAGUUAAAUCAGCUGUUAUGCAGUAGCCAUCCUCAGUUUGAGCUCCUGAGCGCCAUCAUAGCUAUCGAAACAUUUUUUUAAGGUCAGUAAAAGUCUGACCCGUUUAAAUUCCAAAAUUAUUUCCUGUCCCAUUCAUUAUUUUUUCUGUUUUUCUGCUUCAGAUAAUCUUAGUAUUUGCACCUGCAAUUAACCACACGUCCAUUAAAUUCCCCCAACAUCCUUCUCUGAUUCAGGAUGGUAGGUAGCUGGAGUCUAUGCCAUCUAUGAUAGAGCAAGAAGCAGGGUACACCCUCAACUGUUCACUAGGCUAUGGCAGGGCUAACACAUAGAGACAAUCAUUCACACUCACAUGACCAGUUAUCCUCAGAUAUGCAUCUUUGGACUGUGGGUGGAAGCCAGAGUACCAACAUAGGCUAAACCCCACACAAAAGUCUGCCCAGUGGAUUCAAACCAGGACCUUCUUAUUGUGGGGUGACAGUGCUAACCACUGCACCACCGUGCAACAAUUAUUGUAUCAGAAUUGUGCACAUAUUGUUUGGAAUAUAUAUGCAAUGUGACCCUAGUCAUUAGAAACUAGCAGACAAAAUAGUAGUAAUGAAAUCAGAUUUUAUGAUACAAGAAGUUGCUGUAGGAGGAUACAGCAGAUUCAGAUUAAUCAUUAUUAAUCAUUGAUGUCAUUAUGUUGUAGGACCUCAAACCCAAACUUAAGUACUGUACACCAAAGCACCUCUACCCAUGGGCUACUAAAAGGGCCAAUCCACCAAAAUUACCAAAACCAUUUUGUCAGUCUGUGGCAGCAUGCUGCAUCCACACAGCUGCACUUAGUGCCCUCACUGCUAACUCCAACUUAUGGUUGAAAGUUGUCAAGUAUCACGUAAUUUACUUAACUCAACCACUGAGUUUACUUCUGCCUCUGAGAAAUGUGUGACUUUCAUUUUGCUCUCUCUCUCACACACACACACACACCCUAACAUACUUUGCCAUAAUUAGUGUCUACCUUCCCACACUGACUCUCUCUGAUAAACUGCACUCUGUAACUUUCCCAGACAACACCUGCUUGUGUGAAUCAUGUACACAUGCUGCCAAGUAUGCAUUAAGUUGAUCUCUGCUGUCAAUCAGCUCACCCAGGUGAAGCAGACAUUGGCUGGAGGGCCAUGACCCUUUUCGCAGUCUGGGUUUUGUAAUGAGUCACCAGCUACGAUAAGGCACCUGGGACAGGAAGUGUGCAUGUAACAUUUUUGUAGAUAAAUCUGCAGCCAGAGUUCACGCUAACUCGCUUGUCACUCAGCCCAUUAGCAGUCAAACCUUUUUCACCUGACAGAUGGAACAUCAUGUUCAAUUUACCUGUUUGGUUGGCCACAAAGGAGAGGUAUUCUUGUUCAUGUUGCAAGUUCAUUCAUGAACGUGUUUUCAUUUUCUAAUUUUAUACUCUCAUUUCAUGUCCAAUUGCAUAUUGUCUUAUGUUUUCAAUUAUUUUAA